UAUGCACAAUUAGUUACAAUUUUCAGGCUGAGUUGAGCUUCCAAAGUUGGAUGUGUUUGUAAGAUGGAUCAUAGCUAUCUAAUUUCAAAUUUCUAAUACUCUGCCCGAUUGGAAACUUUACCUAUUCAUUAUUGACCCAAUUUUAGACAUAUUGGGAUUGUUCUUGCUUCUUGUUAACUGGAAAUCUGAUUGAAUCAUGAAUGCUGCUUUUGAUGAGUAUCAGUUCUUCCCUUCAUUCCCAUCUUUCUUCCAAAGUUGGUCUGUUGUAUAUUUUGAGUUUACUCCGAACCUUUUAAGGAAUACGUUAUACUUUGAAUUUAUUCUAUUUUAGUCUCUGUAUUUUCAUUACAUCGUGAACUUAUUUUUAUCUUGUUCGAAAGAGAGAAAUUUGUAUAUUACCAACUCUACGAGCAACAGCCUAUAUAAUGCUCAUAAGAGAGGGCUGAAACUCAUAUUAUUACAAAGAUUGAGAAGUGAAUAUCAAAGUAUGGCAAAAUGUGGUAUGAGCAUUACCGCCAUUGCUGUAAGCUUCCUCAUCCUCCUCCAUCUGCCAUCUCUUUGUACUGCAAGUAUCAGAGAAGCAGCCCAUUUCAUUCCCCCAUCAGAUGUUGAUCUUUUAGAAUUCCCUCUGAAUUUAGAGUACCUGGAAGCCGAAUUCUUCUUAUUUAGCUCUCUGGGACAUGGUUUGGAUAAAGUUGCACCAGAGUUAGCCAUGGGAGGGCCAUCGCCUGUUGGUGCUCAAAAGGCCAACUUGAGCCCCUUCAUCAAGGACAUCAUCACGCAAUUCGCCUACCAGGAAGUUGGUCACGUGAGGGCCAUUAAAGAUACAGUGAAAGGAUUUCCAAGGCCAUUGCUGAACUUGAGUUCAGAAUCAUUUUCCAAAGUGAUGGAUAGAGCCCUUGGCUGUUGGACGAACCCACCUUUCGACCCGUAUGCUAAUGACGUGAAUUUCCUUCUCGCUAGCUACAUCCUUCCUAAUGUUGGACUCACUGGGUAUGCUGGAGCAAAUCCAAAGCUCAAAUCUGCUGCCUCCAAGAAGCUUGUUGCAGGUCUUCUAGGAGUCGAAUCGGGUCAAGAUGCAGUAAUCAGAUCUCUUCUUUAUGAACACGUAGGGGAGAAGGUUGAACCAUAUGGAGUGACAGUGGCGGAGUUCACAGAGCGCAUUUCAGAACUGAUGAAUAAGCUAGGACAUGCAGGCACAAAAGAUGAAGGCAUUGUGGUACCCAAAGACAACGGUGGCAUUGUGACACCCAAACACGAGGGUGCUGAGGGUAGGACUUCAGGGAACGUGCUUGCUGGAGAUGAGUACUCACUGGCAUACGCAAGAACCCCCGAGGAGGUUCUAAGGAUUUUGUACGGUGAAGGUAAUGAGCAUGUUCCUGGGGGUUUCUAUCCGAAUGGUGCCGAUGGUCGGAUCGCUAAAUGCCACUUAGCGACCAAGACACAUAGCAAAUAAUGCUGCUGCUGUUGCUGUUGCUGCAGUUGCUGCAGUUGCUUUCUAUUUCUAGAUCACCAAAAAAGUGGUCAUCAAUAAACUAUAGAUCGUGUUACAAUGAAUGUUAAAAAUUCUUGAAAUGCCUCAUGAAGAGUCGAGAAUUUCAUUUUGAGAGGCAAUAUAAAGUCAUGUAUGUUAUAUU